AUGGUUAUGUUACGGUACGGUUAGUUGUGUUUGAUCGCACGGGUUGUUUCGCACGGACAUCAACAAGGGUGUUGUUAAAAUUAGCAUCGGGCAAUACAUGAGACGGGCAGUUUGGGAAAUUAAGGGUGUAAACUUUAUGUGAACAGUUUGGGCAGUGAUUUGUUGAGACAGUUGGAAGAGAACUUGUUCCAGUGAUAUAAGCGGAUUAAGGAAAGAAGCAGAAGAAAUAUGUUACGAUUGCUUUUUCUCGUGGCGUUGCUAACGUCACCGGCCCUCUCGAAAACGGGAGGCGACGAGCGGCGCCGUGGUUUGUUCCGGCGAAACAAGCCUACCACAACGACCUCAACCGAGGCUUCAAUCGUCCAGGAGGAUUCAUCCAGUGCCGAAUCGAAAUACGUACUGGACAACCAUUCGCACCACUCAGAAGGUCUGUAUACGGUAGGCGAUUCGUUUACCAUUGGUACCGGCAGCAGUAGCGGUCCCUCGGUGUCCUCGUCCGGGGGGAGCAGUUCCUUCGGCGGCAGGGGAAGCGGCUUCAAGCAGAGCUCUGGAACCAUUGGCGACAAAAUAUCGUCGUAUACGGAUUUCACCUUCGGUGAUGCGAAGCUUUCCAACGCCAAGGACUUUACCUCGGACGAAGAUAUCGGACUAGGCUUCAAGAACCACAAACUCCCGACGACGAAUGCCAACAGCUACAAGUCGGCCGGGAACUUUGAUUUCCUCAGCAAAGACUUUCUGAAACCCUCCCUGGACGCCAAACCGAAAACUUCCUUUACUAGCAAAUUCUCCAUUUCCCAUCCCACACCUAGCAAAUCUUCGGUUCAGGGUAAGCUAGACCAUCUGGACGAUUCGACAGAGUAUGAAAUCUACUCGAGCUUGAAGUCCGGUAGCAGCUUUAAAUCACCCUACAGCAAGAAAUUUCCGUCGGCACAAUCGGUUUCACCUCUCACGACACUUUCAGGUUCUUCUUUUAGCUUCGAGGGCAAUGUGAAAAAGCUGCCAUCCGGCUUCGACGACUACGGCACCAUUCCUUCAUCAGGCAAGACCAACAAGCACAAAAAGAACAAACUGUCCCUGGACGAUGACACUUUCGGGGGAUCGAGCGCGUUCGGGGCGACCGGUGGAAGUUUCGGUGUCGGUAAGCUAGAAGAUCUUUUCCCUAGUCAGGCGAUUCAGACGAUCCCUUCUUUUGGGUUCGCUGAACCGCCGCUAGUGAAGUCUGCCGUAUCGACACUGAAAUUUUUUGGCGAAGGACUUUUAGGUAAACCAGAGAAAGCAUCCAACCCCUAUUCCCAAUUCGAUACCGACAACAGUGGCGAGGGUGGUUUUGGAAAUUCCAAAUUCAAACCUUACGGGAAGAUCACCUCCGGCAGUAGUAGUGGUUUCAAGAACAGUUUCAGCCUGGACAAUAGUGACGAACUAGACGACCCGUUUGCACCGAAGCACAAGUUUCCAAAACCGCACUCAGCAUCCGCCUCCUCAUCCUCCUUUGCAUCCCAAUCGCUGAAGCCCAUCUCCACCGAAUUCGACACAGAUUUCGAUCUGAAAAACAUCCAGCUACCCGGAGCACACAACAGCAAACUCAGACCGAACACCUUCACCAAGCCCAAAUCACACAAAUCCAAACUAUACGGCCCCAAUAUUGACAAUCCCAACCCGCUAGAAUUCAAACCCAACUUCAAACUGCAAGAUGUACCGAAUCUGUACCCUGCCGAACACAAUCUAGGUGCCGGAAUCGCUGCCAAGGGCCAAAUCGAGAACUUCCUCAACUCGAAACAUCCGUUCGGCGAACCGGAACCCAUCAAAACGACCCACUUCCUGGAUGGCAACCCCCUCAAAAAAGGUCGCUACCCGGAAUUCUCUUCCCCGAGCGAGGAAGAAUUGGUCGAGAAGGAGGCGCUCCGAGCCCAGAUCGAAUACCUGAAGGCCCAAGCAGCUAAACCAUCGCGCAAAAGGCCCGGCAAAAACAACGGUCCCAAAUCACCGAGCUUCGCCGGAAGUACCAACCAGCAUAGUUUCAGCAGCUCAUUCGGUACAAGUUUCGGAGCCAGCGCUCACGGGCCCAGUUCAUUCGCAGCCGUAUCCCCGGGAGGAUCAUUCUCCCACGGACCCCGUGAAUCGUUUAACAAAGGUCCGAACCCGAUCCCAGCCCAUGGCCCGGUAGGACCCCAACGAGGACCCCGCCCAGUUCGAAGGAUCCCCCCGCUAGGGAUUAAGGGACCCCAUCCGGGAUCCCGGAUUCCGCACUUCAACGAUCGACCGUUCAGCGUUAGCUUUAAGCUGUAAAGCCCCUUACAAAAAUUAAAUUUAGUAGUCCCCUAGGUUAGCAGUGAUUAGUGCCCUUUUUAAAUUUAGUCCUGUAGGUAUACGUGCGUAAGCGUACGAAGUUAGGAGUAAAUUAUUUAUUGCCCUUUUAGUAGUUGACUGUUAGGAAGGAGCGAAAAGCGGAAGAGAGAGAUGAAAAAAAUGAAUAACAAAAAAUUGAACCCCACAAAUUGAAAUC